AUGGCACUUAUCAGGUUUCAUUAUUUCGACGGUUUUUGGAACGGAGAAGUUUCUCGUAUGAUUCUUAAACACUUAUUCGCCCUUCAUUGAGUGAACAAAACCAUUGGAAAUAUCUAUAUUUUUAGUUAAACCCCUUCCUGAGCAGACAAUAAUUUUUUAUAUAAAAUUUUUAUAUAUAUAGAAGUGAUAAUGAGUAUGAUGAAUCUCUAUCUAAAUCAAUUGAGUUUUUAAAAUUAAAUAAUUUCUUCUUUCCAAUUUUUAUAAACUUCGAAAAAAAAUUUAUUAUAAAAUUUCUAAUUAAAAAAAAAACUCCCUUCGUAAACGAACAAACAUUUUUAUUCGCUCUUAAGGGGGGAGUUAGGCCUUCCUUUUGAAGAUAUUCGCCAUUCUCAUGAAUCCUGGGGAAAAUUAAAAUCAAGUGGAGUUCCAGAAUUCGGACAGCUUCCGAUGCUGGAAAUUGACAGCCACACUCUAGUGCAAUCAAGAGCUAUUGAAAAAUAUUUACUUAGGAGAGCUGGACUUCUUACUAAUGAUCUUUAUAAAGCUUAUCAAUCAGAAUCAAUUGUAGGCUUUAUAGAUGAUCUCAAGUCAGAAUUAGCAAAAGUUGUUUUUGAUGAAAAUAAAGAAAAAGUUGUCAGGUGAAAUAAUGAAAAGCUACCUGGAAAAAUUCAAAAAUUGGAGCGCAGGCUAAAUCAAAAUAAUUCUCAUAUUGUUGGAGAUGAAAUAAGCCAUGCAGAUUUUGUAGUUUUUCAAUGGACUUAUGAUUAUUUUUUAAGAAAGAAUAAAGUUGCUACAAUGAGGCCAGUGCUUGAAGGAAGCUCUCCAAGACUUCUUAGAUAUUGUGAAAGUUUUAAGAGAAGUAGCCCAAAUUUAUCUGCUUAUCUUGAUUCAAGAGUAGAUGAUAAACCAUUCUAA